GCUGAAGCCAAGAACCUAAUUCCGAUGGACCCUAAUGGAUUGUCAGAUCCUUUUGUAAAACUCAAACUCAUUCCAGAUCAGAAACGAGAGACUAAGAAGAAGACUAGGACUAUUAAAGGAAGCCUAAAUCCAACCUGGGGAGAAUCAUUUGAUUUCAACUUAGAAGACACGGACAGGAACCGGAGGCUUCUGGUUGAGGUGUGGGACUGGGACCGUGCCACCCGCAAUGACUUCAUGGGUGCCCUGUCCUUUGGCAUCUCAGAGCUGAUGAAGGCAGGUGUAGAUGCCUGGUACAAGCUCCUGGGCCAGGAAGAGGGUGAAUACUACAAUGUGCCAGCAAUCGCGGAGACAGAAUCCAUCGAUGAACUCACUUCUAAUAUAAAGAGUGAGGAGGGUUUGGUUCGAUCCCUUACCCUGCACGCGCUUAAAAUUCACGCUCCAAUCCUUCUGCCUAUUGACGAGGCUGAAAUGUCGAAACUACCAAUGCCUACCCAAGAGCAUGUAAAGCCUCAGAACUCUAACUCAAUGUCAGGUAUGGGUGUUGUUAGAGCAAGCGAUUUCAACUUCCUAUCAGUGCUUGGAAAAGGCAGCUUCGGCAAGGUUAUGUUAGCAGAGAAGAAGGGUACCGAUGAACUCUACGCCAUCAAGAUCCUUAAGAAGGAUGUCAUCAUCCAGGACGACGAUGUGGAGUGCACCAUGACGGAAAAGAGGGUCCUGGCCUUGCCCAGCAAACCCGCUUUCUUGACGGCGCUUCACUCGUGCUUCCAGACAAUGGACAGACUCUUCUUUGUCAUGGAGUUCGUCAAUGGGGGAGAUCUCAUGUUCCAGAUCCAGAAAGUCGGCAAGUUCAGGGAACCUCAUGCUGUAUUCUAUGCAGCUGAGAUAGCAGUAGGCUUAUUCUACCUCCAUUCACAAGGUGUGAUUUACAGAGAUCUUAAACUAGAUAAUGUACUAGUAGACGCAGAAGGUCACAUCAAGAUUGCUGACUUUGGUAUGUGCAAGGAACACAUGAACGAGGGCGACACAACGAGAACGUUCUGCGGAACACCAGACUACAUCGCACCCGAGAUUGUAGCAUACCAGCCAUAUGGCAAGGCUGUUGACUGGUGGGCAUUUGGUGUUUUACUGUAUGAAAUGUUAGCAGGACAGCCUCCAUUUGAUGGUGAAGAUGAAGAUGAAUUGUUUCAAUCUAUCAUGGAACAUGUACCCUCAUAUCCCAAAUCAAUGUCAAGAGAAUCUGUGACUAUGUGCAAAGGGUUUUUGACAAAGCAUCCUGGUAAGCGGUUAGGAAGUGGACCUACAGGGGAACAGGACAUCAGGGAGCAUCAAUUCUUCCGUCGAAUCGACUGGGAGAAACUAGCUAACAGAGAAAUACAGCCUCCGUUUGUGCCGUCAGUGAGAAACCCCAGAGCUGCUGAAAACUUUGACCCCUAUUUCACAAAAAUCCCGUGUGCGCUUACCCCGACCGACAAACUCAUUAUCAUGAAUAUUCAGGACGAAUUCCAAGGCUUUACCUUCGUGAACGAGGUCUUCGAUGGCUAUGUGCGUAGUUUGCCCAGCUAGUGCCAAGUUUGUAGCUCCCACCGUCGCUGUUCCUUCGCCUACUUGGUGUUCCCAACGUAUCCAAAAUGUCACCAGUUCAUACAUGUGCUGUCCUUUUUCUUUCUUUUUGUUACUUGAUGUGUACAUAGUACAUGUAGGUAGUAGAAGUUGGAUGUAAUCAUGAGUGCCUGAAGAAAGUGAAUCGGUACAUUAAUUUGUUUGAAGUUUUUUUGGCAUUACAGAGAAUAGUGAAAAUGAAAUAGUGCCAUUUAAUUGGAUGUGAUUUUGUUCAAAGAAAUGUUUGUACUUUAUUUGUCUGUGUUUAAUAGGAGAAUCAUUUUCAUGAUUUAUGUGUACAUGAAUCCAGCUUUUUUUUUAUGCCCACCUAUAGUUUUAAGAUCUCAGUAUUUUUUCCCCAAUUCAUUUUAAAAUACCUUAUCCAUAAAACAUACAUGUAGGAGAGAUAGCAUUGUAUUUAAUUGAUCUUGAAAUUUAGAAUAGUUCAUGUUCAUUUAUCAUAUAAUCCAUGUAGGGUUUUAGAAGUUUAGGUUCAAGAACUACUAGAUAAAAACACAAAAUUUUCUCCAUAUCACCUAUAAUAAUUAAUGAUAAUUAUGAAUUCAUUAAUUCUACAUGUAUUUGUUGAUUCAUUCAUGUGUUUGCUAUAUUCACCCGAUGAUUAAGAAAACCUUUUUUUUCUAAAGUGGUCUGUUCAUACAUGUAUGAUACGGCAUAAUGAAAAGUAGAUAAAAGAGAGAAAACAUAACAAAAUGGAAAUGAUAAUGUGAAAAAGACACUUAACAAAUAUCCUUUAUGAGUAUUUAAACUAUAUGACAGGUUUGCUUUAAAACCAAAUAUGUGGAUAUCUCUACAGUACCUCAUUAUUCUCUGUAUUUGAUAAAAAAAAGGGAGUAUUCACAUAUACCCCAUUACAAAAUCACCCAUACAUUACAAGAACAUGUUGAGGCCCUCCCCCCUCCUGACAAACAACAACCAAAAAAAAAAAAAGGUUUAUUUUGCCCAACUUCCCUUACCAGGACCAAAGUAUCUUGCAUUCCAAAAACCAUGGAUGCACAUUUAAAUGUUUUCAAAACUUAUUUUCACAUGGCGAAAAUGAUAUUCACAACCUGAGGAAAUUCCCUAGAAAGUUAUCAUUAUUUCAAAAUUAUCUAAUAGUGUGUUGGUAUUUAAAUUCAGCGAUAUUUUGCCUAGACCUACAUCGCUUUCAAAUUAGAAAACUGCUAGAUAUUUUUUUUGGUAUUAUCUGUCAGAUGAGAACGCACCGAUGGACAUUUUCCAAUAUGUAAAUGAUAAGAUUCCGAGUAGUGAUUAUUAUCACAUGGUGCUACUGCUUUGACACUCAUUAAUGUUACAUCUGUAUGAAUAUGCUUGUACAUGGAACAAAAUAUAAUUUACCCACAGAAAGAAAAUUUGAAUACCAAGGAUAUUCUAUUAUUACAAUAUACUAUGUUGCUUGAUGUAAUUGUUAUUAUCAAGUUUUGAAAACUUUUACAUGUAAGUACCAAGUGCAAUGAGAAUUAAAUAUAUAUCUCACUAUAUUGAAAUGAUUUAUUCAGGUUGACAUUUUCAAAUAUUAUUACAUCAUUGAUUAUUAAUGGUUUGAAAGAGAUUCAAUUCAGCUUUGGACUAUGAAUUUUGUCUGAAAAUAUUGCAUUAAGUUUCUGAUCUUGUAUUCCAUUACUAAUCAUGAAAAGCAAAAAUUUUGACUUUUUUCAUACAAUUCCUGUUUAAAAAAUUGUCCUUAAUACUACAGUACUCUACAUUGUGUAAUUGAUUUUUUUCUUAUUUCUUGAAGUAAAAAUUAUUAGCCUAAUAUAGGUUAUAUGAUUAUUGUAAUGUUUCUACUCUAUUGGAAUAAUCUUUUGUAUUCAAUUCACAGAAGCCUUUUCUUCUUUUUUCCUCAAUUUUUCAUUUUGUAAAGUAGUAUAUACAAGUAUAGUUGUGCUAAAAAGUUAGUGAACCCCACCACAAAAUGCACUCUGUAAUGUUGAGUGUUGAAUGGAGACAACACUACAAUGCUCGAUGAGCCCAGAUAAACAAAUUUUAUUGAAUGUUAUAUUUGAUCACCUGAAUUAAUUAUCUAAACACAGCAGAACAGAACAACACCACAACAAUGCUAGGUGAGCCCAGAGAACAAACUUUAUUGAAUGUAAUAUUUGAUCACCUGAAUUUACAUUUAGAUAUCUAACACACGGCAGAACUUGAACAAUUUAAAUAUGUACAUUUUCUGGUGAGAUUCACUAACUUUUGAGCACCACUGUACAUAUGAAUUAUGUGUAUGAAACCUGUAAUAUUUACUUGUGUGCAUUCCAUUGACCAACACAAUAAAAGAAAGUUUUUAUUUAUUGGCCAUUACCUGACAUUCCAUCAAAAAUAAGGGGAAAAAAAAAGCUUUUGGAAAAGUUGAAUUUCUGAUUAAUAUAACCUUUAAGGAGUAGGUCCAAAUUAACUGUUUUUUUUUGGGUUACUGGUAAUUGUUGGUCUAAAUAUAUAAUAAAGGGAUUCUUUCUUACUGGAGUGAUCUAAUUUCUUUUUCCUGCUUUCUAUAUCCCUAGAUUGAAAUUAACUUCAACCUUUCUUAUUUACAUAUUUAAAGUGAGCUUUAGGGUUGACUGUUAUACCUGUAGGUAGGCUACAGAAAAAAGGGCAUUUUAAAAAUAUUAUUUGGGUUAAAUUUUAAGUUUUCAGGAUCAUUGUCAAACAUAAUUAGAUGAGGCUUUUGAAAUGAGCAAGAAGCGUGAAUACUCUUGUAGGGGGGGGGGGAGGAUUUGCAAAUUUGCCUCAAUAUUGAAUCGGUGGUGGUGUAAAUAUUAUAUUGAUUUUUUGAUCAGUUAGAGUUUGAUUGUAGAGAAUUGACUAGCUCUACAAAGCAAUGAUGCGAUCAUUAUAGUACUAUGCAUAUAUGUUCUUUCAAGUUCUCUUAAUGUCAUCACAUGAAGUAGCAAUUAAGAGUGUGUUUUAAUGUCAGUUGUGGAUGUAUGUACUUGUCAGACAUUUUUUUGAAAUAUCUCUUCUUUUUCUUAUCCAUUUGCGUUGAAAAAUGUGUAAAACAUCUAUAAGAUGAAUGGAUAAAAUUCACAGGAUGUUUUUAUUGAGUGAAUUUUGGGGUUUUGAAUUCUAUUCAAUUUUCCUCAGAUAUGCAAUGAAGUAACCUAUUUUUGUUUUGCACCUCCCCGCUAUCCCCAUUUUACCUCCCCAUUCUCCUUUUAUUUGAUCCGCUCUACAUACAGGGGGGACCCCGAGACCUAUGCAAUUUUGAUAAGGAGUUUACAAGGGAACCGACGACCCUGACUCCGACUGACAAACUGUUUAUCAUGAACCUGGAUCAGACAGAAUUUGAUGGUUUCUCCUAUACAAAUGAUACAUAUGGCAAAUAAAGAUGGCUGCAGCCAUUGCCAACCAAAUUGAUGUACAUGAAUAUGUGUGUUUUAACUGAUCAGAACUGGAUAGGUAUUGUAGUCUACCCAUCUUGCCUAAAGACACAAUCUCUUUCAACUAUAGCCAUGUGUAGAUAAAGAAGCGUAUUGUGUAAUUCAGUGGUUAUUAUGCUACAAUCACUCAUUUUUAUUCCAUUGUGAAUCUUUUACAUUCCUUUAGAUGCAUGCUUGCAGUUUAUUUCUUUCUCAUGUAGAUUAUAUUUGCUGAAAGUAUGUCUAUGCUAUUGAUGCUGUAAAGCUGUCAUAAAAGUUGGCCAUACCCCUCUGAUACAUUUCAUAUCCACUUGGUCCAAUAUUAAAUGGUCUAAUUCUCAGAUUGGUAAAAAAUAAUCAUGGUUAAAACAACUUGGUCUAUUGUCAAUCUGGUCUAAUCACUUUUGGUCCAACCAUCACUUGAUCUGAUAUUCACUUGGUCUAUCCGCCAUCUGGACUAAUGUCACUUCGUCUAUUACUUUGCACUUCAUGAAAUGAAAUUUGUUUUUUCAUAAUAUCAUAUGGAAUAAGCGCGAUGUUGGACUAAGUUGUUAUUAGAUGAAAUAGGUUUAGCCAAACUGAAAGUUAGACAAAAUGGUUAACAAACUAAAUACCAUUAAAACCAAAUGGCAAUUAAAGGCUGUAAAAAACAAGGAUUAAACCGUGUGGGACUAAACAAUUGAAAGCCGACCAAAGUGGGUGUAAACCAAAUGACAAUUUUCUUCCCAUACAACAUGAUAUACAUCUUGUACUGGAUAUACACUUAACCUCCUGUAUUCAGCCUUAUGCACCUUAAUUGACUAAAAUCACAACAGUUUGAAUUCAUUGUAUAAUGUAAUGAUAGAUCAUAUGAUGGCCAACAGUAGGAGUAACAGACCGUGGUAUGUAUGCCUUCUAGAAAGUAAACGAGGUUCCAUGACAUUUGCUCCGGCGACAAUUGCUCCGAUGGAAAUUCUGCAAGUUAAGCCAACCAUAAAACCUAACCUCCAAAACUAAAUAAACCCCACUUCUUAUCUUUACACUAUUCUGAACCAAAAUCUCUAUUACAAUCCUAACUCAAACCCUACAUGUAUGCCCGCUGAAAUAUUAAGACCCGAGCAGAUGUUGCUGGAGCAAAUGUUGUGUCACCGCAAAUGAUGGUGUUGAUGCUCUUCCAUACUUACUGUUAAUUUUGAAAAAUAAAUUGUUCGAUGGGGCCCUAAGUUCUUAAGGGCAUUGAAAUGCAGUCACACAGAGACCGACUCAAACCAACCAAUGGUAAUGGACGUAAAGCAAUGUCUGUGAUUGGGGUAGAGUCGGUUUGGUUGGUGCUACUGCGUCAUAUUUCUUUUAUACGAGUCUGAUAAUUAGUCUGCAUUGUUUGAGAGAGAGAUAACUCUUUAGGGGCAGAGGAUUAAAUAUUGACCAAAAACUACAUACAAUAGUUAUAUGUUGAUUUGAAAUAAGGACAAAAUUUUCAGUCUCUCAUCUUUUCUCCAAAGAAGUUUAAUUCAUCGCCUGGUGGAGUCUGGGUGAUAAAGGCUAUGGAAAUGGCAGGAUUCAUUGGUCAAUGGAUAUAUUUGUGUAUUAGUAACUAUAGAAUGUCACCACCUACCUUGGAAAAAAAAAGAUUAAAUCCAAAUGGCAGUUUGAUACCAAAUCUAAUUGUAUCACAGUCAUCUCCUAUUACUGCCAUUGAUCCCAUAGUAAGCUUUCAUUCAUAUCUGUGUGUGGCCGUUUCACAAAAAGUUGAGUCCGACUUUGGUCAUGCUUAAAGGUCAAUUAGAUUUUAUUGUGACUUAAAGUCCUGCUUAAGAGCCAAUUUGAGUUAAAUGUGACUUUUUAAGUUCUGCCUAAGGGCCAACGUUUGCAUCGCAUUUGGUAUUUAAUGCCCAAUCUCAAUUGAUGACUUUUGAUGCAAACAUGUCUCAUGUGCAACAGAAAUUUUAAGUGUGACUUCAAGACAGACUAAACUGUUUGUGAAAGAGCUUCUGCCUCCUCCCCCCUCACCCUUACCUAGUUUUCAACCUUGAAAUCGUAUUAAAUCUACCUUAGUUUGCCAGCUGGUACAAUACAAACUCAUCUUGGCUGCAUUUAUUUAUGUAAUGUGUUGUAUAAUCAUGUUAUAGUACUUUGAAAUUAUCAUUAAUAAAAAUAACAGAGGGCUGUAAAUAAUCAUACAUUAUAUUAUAUAGUCAAGAUAUAUAUUGACCUUUAGAUAUAUUCCAAAUUUAUAUAUCUCAUGGCAGAAACUGUUAUUAUACAAUCAAGUGUCUCAUAGUGAUUUUUU